UUCAUCAAUACACAACAUUCAGUGAUGAGCAGAACUGACAGCUGAAUGGAGGCGAAUUGGUUCCUUGAUUUGUGGUUUAAAUAUUGCAUUUUGUAGAAAAUGAAAUGGAGAACGGUUAAUUUAGAUAUAAAGAAGCAUUUGUGGGUAAUUGGUAGAUACAACUGGACAUGAGUGGCCAAUGUUUACAUUUUCUAGUGCACAUGUCUUUGGAAUGAAAUUGAAAGUGGCUAGUAUUUUGAUGUGUAGAUGAUGAACAUGGGCAUACUGAAUAUUUUAGUUUUCACUUUAUGUAUUUAUUACACGUUUGGAGAUGAAAAUAAGAAACAUUUUGUAAAUGAAUGGGCAGCAGAAAUUCAAGGUGGAAAAGAAGAAGCAAGGAAAGUGGCUUCACAGUAUGGUUAUACUUUCGUAGGAUCGAUUUUGCCAGAUAUAUAUCUACUUCGUCAUUCCAGAGUGUCAAAGCGCUCCAAAUAUCCUAGUACAUAUUACCACAGAUACAUUGCUCAACAUAAAAAUGUGAUAUGGUUGGAACAACAAGUUGCCAAGUCCAGGAGAAAGAGAUUUAUACAAUAUCAGGAAUUCAAUGACACAAAAUGGCGUAACCAAUGGUACCUUAAUCGUGGGGAUGGUAUGGAUAUGAAUGUUCAGAAGGCGUGGGCCAUGGGGGUGACUGGGAAGGGCGUGGCAGUCACUAUUCUGGACGAUGGCAUUGAGACAGAACAUCCGGACCUCAAACGCAACUAUGAUGAAAAGGCAAGCUAUGACGUAAAUGGCCAUGACCCAGAUCCCACUCCGAGAUAUGACUACAAGAAUGAGAACAGUCUAAAGCCGGCACAUUGUCAGAAACCAAGUAUACAGUUUGAUGAAAGUUCUGGGGCAAUACAGAUACCGGAUGGAAAUGGGACCAGAACAUUUAAAUUUACUCUGUCAGCCCUGGAACCAAAUGGGAGCUUUGAUGCAAUUCGCCAGCCACAAACACGAGGUGGCCAGCUGACUUUGGAGGGCAGCAUGACCAACAAGAUCCAGAUUCAUGCCACCAGCGAGCUCUUCGAAACUACCCGUGAACGGGUCACACAAGCCGAGAUUGACAGCAAGAAAAACUCAACCAAAGUGAUAAAGCAGAGUGGUCCGCGUAUUAGUCGUAAGAAGACCACAGUGAUCCGCAAUUCAGCCCCCACUCACCAGCCAUCCCGGCCACCACCAGCCCAGCCAGUCAAACCAAAGCCCCCUUCCUCAGCCCCGGUCAACUUUGUAAAGCGCCCAUCCCCAUCAUACGCAACACAGGGACAUGCUGUGUCCCCACACAAUCCCACGUCAGCCAAGACAGUGUCGCCCACUCCGGUCAGUCAGCCAAGUGGACACGCUAGCCAGCCCAUUGGACACACUAGCCAGUCCAGUGUUCACACAAGCCAAUCAAGUGGACACCCCAGUCAACCAAGUGGACACCCUAGUCAACCUGCCGCCCAGUCCACUGGCCGGACAGCGGGCAACUCAGCCAUCACUGCCAUGCCCUACAGGGACAGGAUAAUUCACCUGUUGGCCAUCCACUCCUACAAGCGACCUGAACUUCUCAUCAGACUACGGAAAGAUGGAGAGAACAAAAAAGACAAAGAUCAACUAGGUGCAAUCCUGAAUCAGGUGGCUGUAGCCAAAGACAAUGUGUUCAGCCUGGCCAAAUAUCUGUACACCGCCGAGGUGCGCUCUGACUGGCCCUUCUACACAGAGGAGGAUAGGCAGAUAUUAAAAAAGAAGAUGGCUAGCCUCUCAUCCGUGUCCCCUUCCGCGUCCCCGGCCAACAGAAGUCCUGACAGCCAAUCCUCAACUGUACAGAAAAAGCCUGAGUCCCUGAAGCGCUCGUUGGAAGACAGUAAUCGUUCAACACACCAUAGCUCAAAAAAGAUUAGGAUAUCACACUGUACCAAGAAGGAGUCACGCCCUAGUACAGAGGAGAGACUUUCCCACAGUCAUAACAGCGUAUCUUCUACCACAGACAUAUCAGACAAAAAGGAAAAUAUAGAUGACACAGUCGAUUCCACUUCAGACACUCCAGAAUACAUGAGGGAGUACUUCAUGAUAACAAGUGAUGAUCAGCGUAGCAAGUACAAGCAGGACUUCAAUGUGGAGUAUGAUGAUAUCGUGAGCUGCACUCCCAGAUUGACAAGGUGUCCCAGAAGUUUAUCAAUCUAGAGAUGAAGAGGAAGAAAUACCACAAAAACACUAUAGAAUACAAGAACAUUGAGGAUGCUAUCAGAACAGAGUAUAGAAAUCAGAAGAGUGACAUAAAGUUUCUUGAACGAAAGAAACACUUUGAAUAUCUCCACAAAAAACUGGCCCAUAUCAAAAAGCUCAUAACGGACUAUGAUCAAAAG